AGUUUGAAAGUCAGGCACUGAGGCCCGGGCUUCCGGAACCGCAGUGGAGGAGAGGACUGGCGGGCAAGGCGCCAUGGAGCCGGAGGGGGCUGUGCGCCAGGUGAACCAAGCGCACGCAGCGACCGUGUUUGCAGCUCUGAGCACACGGUGCUCGGAUCUUCACCCUACUCUGGCCUCUCUGCCUGAGCCCUGCCUGGGUUAAGACGCUCUGGUGCCCAGGUCCCCGAAGUGACGGAGAUCCAGCCCGGCAGCACGCCUGUUACCGUGGAAUGUGCCACCGGGGGUGGGGGUGGAGGUGGGGCCUAGGACUGGCCAGAGAGCCCCCGAGGAUGAGAAAGAGAUGGUCCGCAGAGCCAUCCAGAAGGAGCUGAAGAUCAAGGAGGGCAUGGAGAACAUGCGGCGCGUGGCCACAGACCGACGCCACCUGGGCCAUGUGCAGCAACUGCUGAGGGCCUCCAACCGCCGCCUGGAGCAGCUGCAUGGCGAGCUUCGGGAGCUGCACGCCCAAGUUCUGCUGCCAGCCUCAGCCGAGCCAGUGACCUCGGGACCCCAGCCGCGGGCGGAGCAGUCCAGGGCUCGGCUCUCAGAGGCUUUACAUAGGCAGCUGCAGGUGGAGCUAAAGGUAAAGCAGGGGGCUGAGAAUAUGAUUCACACGUGUGCCAGCGGCACCCCCAAGGAGAGGAAGCUCCUGGCGGCUGCCCAGCAGAUGUUAAAGGACAGUCAGCUGAAGGUGGCCCUGCUCCGGAUGAAGAUAAGCAGCCUGGAGUCCAGUGGCUCUCCAGAGCCAGGUGAGGCCUCUCAGGUCAGGGAGGGUGGCCCUCGAUGGCCGAGGCUAAAGGUUCACCUCCGCCCUGCAGGCCCCGACUUGCUGGCAGAGGAGCUGCAGCACCGACUUCGAGUAGAGGCUGCUGUGGCUGCUGGCGCCAAGAAUGUGGUGAAGCUGCUUGGUGGCCAGAGGAUGCAGGACCGCAAGGCACUGGCCGAGGCCCAGGCCCAGCUCCAGGAAUCCUCCCAGAAGCUGGACCUCCUACGGCUGGCCCUGGAAUUGCUGCUGGAGAGGUUGCCUCCCACCCAUUCUCUACGUAGCAGGGUGACCCGAGAACUUUGGAUGGCAAUGCUUGGGAACCCCCAGCCUUUGGGGACACUUGUGAAACCUAUUGCCCUGACAGGGACACUGCAGGUUCGCCUCCUGGGCUGCAAAGAUCUGCUGGUAGCUGUGCCUGGACGGUGUCCCAUGGCUGUCCUGGCAGGUAGCCCUUCUGAAAGCUGGCUCCGAACAAGGUCCCGGCAGCAGCGUGGUGGAGGCGAGCUGGCCAGUGAGGUACUGGCUGUGUUGAAGGUUGACAAUCGUGUUGUGGGCCAGACAGGAUGGGGACUGGUGGCUGAGAAAUCCUGGGACCAGACUUUUAUCAUCUCCUUGGACCGAGCUCGAGAGCUGGAGAUUGGGGUUCACUGGCGGGACUGGCGGCAGUUGUGUGCUGUGGCGUUUCUGAAGCUUGAGGACUUCCUGGACAAUGCCUGUCACCAGCUUUCUCUCAGUCUGCUGCCGCAGGGGCAGCUCUUUGCCCAGGUCACCUUCUGCGAGCCUGUCAUUGAAAGGAGGCCUCGGCUGCAGAGGCAGAGACGCCUUUUCUCUAAGCGGAGAGGCCGGGAUUUCCUGAGAGCUUCCCAGAUGAACCUCAGCAUGGCAGCCUGGGGGCGCCUGGUCAUGAGCUUGCUGCCCCCCUGCAGCUCACCAAACAUAGUCAGUCCCCCUAAAGGGUGCCCUUCAACAGCAGCCUGUGGGACCCCGAGUGCUGCUUCCCCCAGUAACUUCCUGCCCAAGAAGACGCUCUCAAAUGAAGACGGGAAGCCUCCUCCCAAGCCCCCGCGCCUCUAUCUCCAAGAACCAGCCCCAGGGACUCCUUGUACCAAGCGCCCCCACAUGGAUCCUAGACCUGCAGUAGUGCCCGCCCUGGCAGCCUUAUCCAUGAGGAAAGCCCCCAGACUUCAAGACUUCCGAUGUUUGGCUGUGCUGGGUCGGGGACACUUUGGGAAGGUCCUCUUGGUCCAGUACAAAGGAACAGGGAAAUACUAUGCUAUCAAGGCGUUGAAGAAGCAGGAAGUGCUAGGCCGGGACGAGAUUGACAGCCUAUACUGUGAGAAGCGGAUCCUGGAGACUGUGGGACGUACAGGGCACCCCUUCCUGCUCUCUCUCCUUGCCUGUCUGCAGACCUCCAGCCAUGCCUGCUUUGUUACUGAGUUUCUGCCUGGAGGAGACCUCAUGGCGCAGAUUCACGAGGAUGUCUUUCCUGAGCCCCAGGCCUGCUUCUACCUGGCCUGUGUGGUUCUGGGGCUGCAGUUCCUACAUGAGAAGAGGAUCAUUUACAGGGAUCUGAAAUUGGAUAAUCUGCUACUGGAUGCCCAGGGUUUCCUCAAGAUUGCAGACUUUGGACUAUGCAAGGAAGGGAUUGGCUUUGGUGACCGGACCAGCACGUUCUGUGGCACCCCAGAGUUCCUGGCCCCCGAGGUUUUGACUCAGGAGGCUUACACGCGUGCUGUGGACUGGUGGGGGCUGGGUGUGCUGCUCUAUGAGAUGUUAGUGGGUGAGUGUCCAUUCCCAGGGGACACAGAAGAGGAGGUGUUUGAAUGCAUCGUCAAUGCUGAUGUCCCAUAUCCCCACUUUCUGUCAGUGCAAGGACUGGAACUCAUUCAGAAGCUCCUCCAAAAGUCCCCAGAGAAGCGUCUAGGGGCAGGAGAACGGGACGCCGAGGAGAUCAAGCUGCAGCCUUUCUUCAGAACCACCAACUGGCAGGCCUUGCUGGCCCGCACCGUCCAGCCUCCCUUCGUGCCUACUCUCUGUGGCCCUGCAGACCUUCGCUACUUCGAGGGAGAGUUCACCAGCCUGCCUCCAACCCUGACCCCACCAGUCUCCCAGAGCUCCCUCACUGCUCGCCAACAGGCUGCCUUCCGGGACUUUGACUUCGUGUCUGAGCAGUUCCUGGAGUCCUGAGGGUCUCCUGGCACUUCUGCCAGAUUGCAGGAAGCCUCCACCUAGUCAUGUGCCUGGGCCAAAGUAUUUAAUGAGUGUGUGGGAGUCCAGGCAGUGGCCGUCCGUGGGGCUGUCGUUGCAGGCUUUCCUCCGUGUCCCUGCUGUGUUUAUAACCCUCUCCUUCUGCUUCCUGGUAGACCCCAGACCAGGAAAGAGUCCACGGCAGCAUGGGUGGCUUUUCUUUUUAAUACUUGACUUUAUAGAGAGUAUUAAAUUAAUAAAACUGUACACUCGAGGUAGCCAAGCCA